GGCGCGUGACGUCACCGCGGCGCGGCCCGCUGCGCCGUGACGUGUGCGGCGCGCCGGCCGGGAAGGUCGCCGCGGGGACGCCGCCAUGCUGUCCGUGGCCGCCCGCGCCGGGCCCUUGGCGCCCUUCGUGUCCGCCGCCGCGCACGCCGUGCCCGGCCCGCUCCGCCCGCUCGCCCCCGCCGUCGCGCACCGCGACCGGAAGGUGCCGCUGGAUGUGAAGCAGCCUCUGCUCUGCCGGGAAUCCCUGAACGGCCGCGCCGCCCGCGGGGGGCUCGUCGCAGGCGCCAGCCUGAACGCCCCUGCCAGCGUGCGCUGUGUCCAUAACGAUGUCACUGUCCCCGACUUCUCCGCCUACCGCCGCCAGGACGUGCAGGAUGCCACCGCCUCCUCCCAGGGCAGCAGCGACUCCAGGAAAGGCUUCUCCUACCUGAUGACUGCAGCCACAGGCGUAGCAACUGCCUAUGUAGCCAAGAAUGUUGUCACCCAGUUCAUUUCCAGCCUGAGUGCCUCUGCUGAUGUGCUGGCCUUGUCAAAGAUUGAGAUCAAGCUGUCUGACAUUCCAGAAGGCAAGAACAUGGCUUUCAAGUGGAGAGGGAAGCCCCUUUUUGUGCGCCACAGAACCCAGGCAGAGAUUAGUCAGGAGGCUGAAGUUGACGUGUCCCAGCUGAGGGACCCGCAGCACGAUUUAGACAGAGUGCAGAAGCCCGAGUGGGUGAUCCUGGUGGGGGUGUGCACUCACCUGGGCUGCGUCCCCAUCGCCAACGCCGGCGAUUACGGCGGCUACUACUGCCCCUGCCACGGCUCCCACUAUGACGCCUCUGGCAGAAUCAGGAAAGGCCCUGCUCCCUUAAACCUCGAGGUCCCAGUUUACCAGUUUGUUGGGGAUGACACGGUGGUGGUCGGCUGAGAGACAAGGUGCCUGCUCACUUCCAUUUCCUGGGAAUGUACACCAGAAGGGUUCACUGAGGCAUACUGUAAAACCAGAAAUUAGCUAGAUUCUCAGCCAGAACUGUGCUUGAAUACUGUGUUCAAUUUCAAUAAAAUCUUGGAGUGAGCACUUA